AUUGGGUAAAUGAGCGUGCGCUUUGUGGUGUGCUUCCCUCGUUGAAUUAACGUGCUCUGUAUCCCUAAUCGCCGACUAUCUAUGUCACAGAUGGGCAGCUUGAGCGCCGUGCGAAUCCUCAAAGGGGACGCGGAGGAGGAGAAGGCGGAGACCGCACGGCUGUCUUCGUUCGUGGGUGCGAUUGCCAUCGGUGACCUCAUGAAAAGCACAUUGGGACCCAAGGGCAUGGACAAGAUCUUGAUGUGCCAGGGUCGCCAGGAGGGAAAGGUCGAGGUGACCAACGACGGUGCCACCAUCCUCAAGGCUGUGGGCGUUGACAACCCUGCUGCCAAGAUCCUCGUUGACAUCUCCAAGGUGCAAGACGACGAGGUGGGUGACGGGACGACCUCUGUGACGGUGCUGGCAGCCGAGCUGCUCAAGGAGGCCGAACAGCUGGUCGGCAUGAAGAUCCACCCGCAGACCAUCAUCGCGGGCUGGCGCCAGGCCACCACUGCAGCCCGACAAGCCCUCGAGUCCUUUGCCGAGGACCACAGUGCGGAUGAGGCACGUUUCCGGGAGGACGUGUUGAACAUUGCACGCACGACGCUGGGCUCCAAGAUCCUGGCGCAGCACAAGGAGUUCUUUGCCAAGCUGGCCAUGGACGCUGUCAUGCGGCUGAAGGGCUCUGGCAAUCUGGAUGCCAUUCAGAUCAUCAAGAAGCUGGGCAGUAGUCUCACCGACUCUUUCCUGGCCGAGGGCUUUUUGCUGGACAAGAAGCCCGGCGUGCACCAGCCGAAGAGGGUGGAGAAGGCACGCAUCCUCAUCGCCAACACCCCCAUGGAUGCCGACAAGGUGAAGGUCUUUGGCAGCCGCGUGCGGGUUGAGUCGCUCGCAGCGAUCGCCGACAUGGAGCUAGCCGAGAAGGUCAAGAUGAAGGAAAAGGUGGAGCAAAUUCUGAAGCACAACAUCAAUGUGUUCAUCAACCGCCAGCUCAUCUACAACUACCCGGAGCAGCUGUUUGCAGACGCUGGAGUGAUGGCCAUCGAGCACGCCGACUUCGAUGGCAUCGAGCGCCUUGCUCUCGUAACAGGCGGCGAGAUUGUGUCCACGUUCAACACUCCUGAGCUGGUGCGCCUGGGCACGUGCGACCUCAUCGAGGAGGUGAUGAUUGGCGAGGACAAGCUGCUGAAGUUCUCGGGUGUGCCUCUGGGCGAGGCCUGCACCAUAGUGCUGCGCGGCGCCACCCAGCAGAUCCUGGACGAGGCCGAGCGGUCGCUGCACGAUGCCCUUUGUGUGCUCUCUCAGGUUGUGAAGGACAAGCGGGUGGUGUUUGGAGGCGGGAGCUCCGAGAUGCUCAUGUCGGCAGCAGUGUGCAAACUGGCCGAGUCCACUGCUGGCAAGGAGUCGCUUGCCAUGGAGGCAUUCGCCAGGGCGCUGAGAAAGAUCCCCACGAUUAUUGCCGACAAUGCUGGCUUUGACAGUGCACAGCUAGUCUCGGAGCUGCGGGCGGCUCACUCUGAGGGCAAGAAGACGGCUGGCAUCAACAUGACUGAGGCAAAGGUGGACGAUAUGGCCAAGCUUGGCGUGACAGAGGCCUUUGUCGUGAAGCGGCAGGUCCUGCUCAGUGCAGCCGAAGCUGCCGAGAUGAUCCUACGAGUGGACAACAUCAUCAAGGCAGCACCCCGCGAACGUCACCCCGACAGGAGCCACUGAGCAAAAGCUUACACCAAGUUUUCGUUUCCUUUUUUUCUUUCUGCCCCAUAUGUAACUUAAUGAUGAGCCGAAGGAGGUUGUUUUUUUAUGACCAUUUGUUUGUUUCAGUUGCGGGAUGCUUUUUUUUUCUGUUUCACGGCCUUCAUCUCUUGUAAUAAAAAUGGAACUGCCUCUUAC